AUUUCUUUAAAAAUUUAACUUUUUUUAUUUUCUUAAACAAAUUAAUUGAGCCAGCAUUUUUACAGUUACAAUUAUAAUCCAGAUUAUUUCUUAAUCUUAGUCACCUGUCCUUUAAAUUUGUUCCUAGUUGAGGUUUUACAAAUAAAAUCUAGUCCCUUAAGAUUAAAACACAAAAUGUGAUUGGAUGUUCAAAGGUAAGACAUUUUCAUGAGCUUUAUUUAUAACCUGUCAAAUAUUAUAAUCAUAAAACUUUAAUCUAAACUGAUAUAUAACAAAUAUACUUGAUGGUGACGUAAUGUUUUCUGAUCAUUACUGCUCUUUUCUGUCAAAUAAAAAAAGCAUUAAAUGAUCAUGUGUAAACUUCCUGUUAGCUCUUCUGUGAUUGGUUCACCCAAAGGAGCACGUGACCGGCGGUGACCAUGACAACCACUGUGUUAGAGGAACUAACGGUGUUUGUCCCCUGUGGACCUGUCCUCCGUGUCGGUACUGAAGCUGGACCAUGGCAGCUCCGGACAGUUCGUCUCAGGCCGAAAGCUUCAAGGCUUUCCUGAUGAAGAGCGACCAGAACCUCUAUGAGCACCUUACUCACCUGCUGACCAAGGUGAUGGACGAGCGUCCUGAUGAUGCCUUGGAUGUGUUUGAGGAGAUGAGUCGUGCUGUGAAGCAGGAUGCAUUUAGAGAUGUGCAGACCACCCUGAGAGACGUCUCAGACCCUCCAGAUGUUGAGCAGCUGGCUGAGAAGCAGCUACAGCUCUUUAAUCCAACAGGUGUCUCAGUCCAGGAGAAAGAACUGGUGGGAUCAGUUCUUCCUAACCUGAACGAGGUGGCCUUCUUCCUGGAGCAGGCCGGAGUGGGACUGGGUCAGGAGGAAACCCAGAAGAUUUAUCUAGCACUCAAGCACCUUGUUGAGUCGAAGUCACUGACGCACUGCCGACUGUGGGGGAAGAUUCUGGGGAGAGAGAGAAACUACAUCAUUGUUGAAGCUGAGUACAGAGAUGACGAGGAGGAGGAGGAGGAGCAGGAGGAGCAGGGAGCUGAAGGAGCUGAGGAGGAGGAGGAG